AUGGAACGAUUUGGAAGAAUUUUCUUCGUCUUUCUUUAUUUUUCAGGGUUUAUCCUGUAUUCCGAAGAGAUUUAUGAUACAAGUGGAAAAAACUUUGAUAAAGAAACUUAUGCGAAAAACACAUCUGGGCUUCCAGAUUUCUAUUGGGAAGAUAACUGUUAUACAGGGAAAAAUGUAGAGCUCACAGAUAACUAUCCAUUGAGUUUUGUGAUGUUUUUAACAUUCACUGGGAUCUAUAUAGUUCCGAUUAUAACAAUUUACACAAUUAUGAAAAAGUUUCGUCCACAGAGCAAUCGAAACGCAAAAAAUCAACAAGUUCUUCUGAAAAGUUUACUUAUUCAAACUUUAAUUUACCUAUUUAUGUAUACAUUUCCAUCACAAAUCACAUCAAGUUCAUUAUAUUAUGAUUGGUUCAAUCCUGGAGUUAUUCUAAGUUGUUUGGCUGUUGUGAGAUGUCACGGGAGCUUUGUGACAGUUUCGAUAUUUUUAACAACUCCAGCUUUUCGCCGAGAUUUGCUUGGAUUAGCUGGAGGCAAAACGAAUGUACAACGAGUUGGAUCUAUUGCUCUAACCUAA